CUCCCCUUCUUCAACGAUCGCUUUGGUUGAAUCCAAAACAGAACAUCAUGGCGAUUGAUGGUGGUGAGCGCAACUGCGGAGUACAUGAGCUCAUCUGCAUCAGAAAAGUCUCUCCAGAGACGCUGGGGUUUCUGACGGCCAUCGGACUCUUCCUCAUUCUGAUGAUCAUCCUGUUCUUAUACCUCAACAACAAGCUGUCACUUGAGAAUGCUGGGAGCCGGCCAUGCCUAGACGAGUUCAGGAAAACCAAGGAGUUGCAAGAAAAGAUCUACCCUGACGGUGACCUGAAGGGUUCGUCGUCAGACAGCGAGGAUGAGGUGAUGGGCCAGUACCAAGAAGCAGUCAACCGAUCGCAGGGUCUCCGAGGCGGGGCUAGCGGCAGCCAGUCGAAUGGCUACGGCUGGGAGAUGAGGCAGAAGUACAGCCCCCUAUCAGCCGAGUAUGAUGGCUACAGCAGCGAGGCCUCGGCAGAGGACGCGAACUGCAUCCAGAGGAUGAGGCGAACGCCCCCGCUGGAUGAGCUUCAACCACCACCGUACCAGGACGAGGAUGGCUCCCCGCGGAUGUCCUACACACCAUCAGACCUGGGCGACGCCAAGUGCAACCUGUCCCAAAACAGCGACAGUCCCCAUCACUCCUACGGCAAGUGUCCGAGCGAAGCCAGCAAUGGACAGGAGACAGAGAGUUACCUAAACAAGGGGUAUGAGGAGGACAUACCCAGCGACAGCACAGCUGUGCUCAGCCCAGAGGACAUGUCAGCCCGGGGGUCAGCGUCUCAGCUCCCCAAGGGCUACGAACCGGAACCCCUGGCCAAAUAUGGCACUCUGGAUGUGGUGUUCGACUACAACUCCCAGGACCAGCGGCUGACGGUGACGGUCACGGCCGCAACAGACAUCCCGGCCCUCAAGCGUACAGGCAACGUUGCCUGGCAGGUACAUCUGGUGCUGCUGCCCACAAAAAAGCAGAGGGCGAAGACGUGCAUCCAGAAAGGGCCCUGCCCGGUCUUCACAGAGACCUUCCGCUUCAGUCACGUGGAGUCAGAGAUGAUCGGCAACUACUCCAUUAGAUUCCGUCUCUACAGCGUGCGGCGGAUGAAGAAAGAGAAGGUGCUGGGAGAGAAGGUGUUCUACCUCACCAAGCUCAACCUGCAGGGCAAGAUGUCGGUGCCGGUUAUACUGGACCCCUGCUGUGCCUUCCCUGGCGGUGAAUCCCAGGCUAGUAUAUCGGAGAUGUCCUGCAGCGAAAGUGCCUCUUCAUUCCAGUCAGCCAGCCAAGGCUCCACACCAGAGAUCUUGGUAGGGCUCGUCUACAAUGCCACCACUGGCCGUCUCUCAGUGGAGAUCAUAAAAGGCAGUCACUUCAAAAAUCUGGCUGCCAACAAGCCACCCAAUACAUAUGUCAAACUGACCUUAUUGAACUCAAUGGGCCAGGAGAUGUCCAAGUGUAAGACGUCGAUCUGUCAUGGCCAGCCCAACCCUACAUACAAGGAGACGUUUGUCUUCCAGGUUGCCCUCUUCCAGCUGUCAGACGUGACGCUCAUCCUCUCCGUGUACAACAAGCGCAGCAUGAAGCGCAAGGAGAUGAUCGGUUGGAUCUCGCUAGGCCUCAACAGCUCUGGAGAGGAGGAACUCACUCACUGGACCCAGAUGAAAGAGUCCAAAGGACAGCAGGUCUGCCGGUGGCACAGUCUGUUGGAAUCAUAGACCGACAGAAUACAGGAGAAAGCAAAGGUGGCUGAGAAGAAGGAAGAGAGGGAUGGGGAACAGGGGCACGGCUAAGCCCAUAGGUGUCUCUGCGCAGGUGAAACAUUCUUUAUGUGGACUGGGUUGAUGGGUUGGGCAUGGUGGGUGGUGUUAUGUGGUCUAGGCGAUGGCAAAUGACUUGACAGUGUUACUUAAUAUGCCAGAUUUUUUAAAUCGUCUUUGAUUAGGAUGAACACUUGUCAAAGCUGAUACGAAAUUCCCUGCAGGGUCCUAGCAUCUUGUCAUGGUUGCAACACAUUUACAAUUUGACACAUUGGGUGAAAUAUUUACAGUGCAAAAUCUGUGCUGUAAUUGAAAGAGAUCAUAUUACUUCAUGAGUGCUUACUGCUCCAUCUAUUGUUUCCACAUGUAUUUGGGAAGCAAAGAUAGAUACAGUAUUUAUUGCAUAUCUGCACUGUUUAAUGCUAAACCUGGAUGAAUCAUCGAUUCUCUCAUGUAAUUUUACAAUGAGAGGAAUAUGAAUACAUUCUGUUUUGACAAUAGCAGUGCUCUUUUGCAUUGUUAAGUAAUUACAGUGCAUUCGGAAAGUAUUCAGACCCCUUGACUUUUUCACAUUUUGUUACAUGACAACCUUAUUCUAAAAUUGAUUUAAUAAAAAAUGUUGUGGAUCUAUAUACAAUAUUCCAUAAUGACAAAGCAAAAACAGGUUUUUAGAAAUAUUUGCAAAUGUAUUACAAAUAAAAAACAGAAAUAACUACAACUUCAUUGGAGUCCACCUGUGGUAAAUUCUAUUGGUUGGACAUGAUUUGGAAAGGCACACACCUGCCUUUAUAGGUCUCACAGUUGACAGUGCAAGUCAGAGCAAAAGCAAAGCCAUGAGGUCCAAGGAAUUGUCCAUAGAGUUCCGAGACAGGAUUUUGUCAAGGCACAGAUCUUGGGAAGCCUACCAAAAAAUGUCUGCAGCAUUGAAAGGUCCCCAAGAACACAGUGGCAUCCGUUCUUAAAUGGAAGAACUUGAAAUCACCAAGACUCUUCCUAGAGCUGGCCGCCCGGCCUAACUGAGCAAUUGGUCAGGGAGGUGACCAAGAACCCGAUGGUCACUCUGACAGAGCUCUAAAGUUCCUCUGUGGAGAUGUAAGAACCUUCAAGAAGGACAACCAUCUCUGCAGUACUCCACCAAUCAGGCCUUUAUGGUAGAGUGGCCAGACUGAAGCCACUCCUCAGUAAAAAGGCACAAGACAUCCCCCUUGGAGUUUGCCAUAAGACACCUUAAGAGUCAGAUCAUGAGAAACAAGAUUCUUUGGUCUGAUGAAACAAAAACUGAACACUUUGGCUGGAAUGUCAAGCUGCACGUCUGGAGGAAACCUGGCACCAUCCAUACGGCGAAGUGUGGUGACAGCUUCAUGCUGUGGGGAUGUUUUUCAGCGGCAGUGAGUGGGAGACUAGUCAGGAUCGAGGGAAAGAUGAACGGAGCAAAGUACAGAGAGAUCCUUGAUGAAAACCUGCCCCUUAGCACUCAGGACCUCAGACUGGGGUGAAUGUUCACCUUCCAACAGGACAACAACCCUAAGCACACAGCCAAGAAAACGCAGGAGUGGCUUCAAGUCUCUGAAUGUCCUUGAGUGGCCCAGCAAGAGUCUGGACUUGAACCAGAUCAAACAUCUCUGGAGAAAUCUGAAAACAACUGUGCAGCGUCACUCCCCAUCCACCCUGACAGAGCUUUCGAGGAUCUGCACAGAAUAAUUGUAGAAACUCCCCAAAUACAGGUGUGCCAAGCUUUUAGUGUCAUACCCAAGAAGACUCUAAGCUGCUUUCGCUGCCAACGGUACAUCAACAAAGUACUGAGUCGAAAUACUUAUGUAGUUUGUGAUAUUUCAGUUUUGUAUUUUUUAUACAUUUGCAAACAUUUCUAAGACCUCUUUUUUCUUUGUCAUUAUGGGGUAUUGUUUGUAGACAGUCAAUUUUAUCAAUUGAAUCAAUUUUAGAGUAAAGCUGUAACGUAACAAAAUGUGGAAAAAGUCUAGUGGUCUGAAAACUUGCAGUGUGUUUUGCAGUGUGUUUUGAGUUGUGAGCUUGCAUUCUGACAUCAAGAACAGAUCUUGAAUUGUGGUGGCAUUUGCGCUCUCGCAUUUUCAAACAUGAAAACCCUUUAAAAUUGCAAAUAGUUUCACAUCAUACAUGUUUUUGAACUCUAUCAAUCAUAAAAUAUAAUGCAAGUCCUUUAUAUUGCAGAACUUUAUGUUUAUGUAUUGUUUAUAGUACAUAGGGCAAGCAAAUUGGCUUCUCCAAGCAGUGACCUGGUAGAGUUGUAGUGACAUGUUUUGCGGAUUUAGAGAUAACGAUCAAUUAUUACUCUAGAAAGUAAACAAAAUGAUUUAACAUAUUGUAUAGAUAAAUAAAAACAAGGCUAUUAAAAUACCUUUAUUUGUAUGAAUAACAAAUACAGUGUGUCCCUAAGUUUAUGCCAUUGGUGUUAUUCCUUGAAAAUCGAUCAAUGCAAAGAUAGACAAGGACUUUGAGCAUUCUCUGCUAAUCACAACCUUCUAGUAUGUCUAAAUACAAAAUGCCAUUGGUGUUACUCUAGUUAAAUGAAGGUAAAUUACAUUGUAAGCUAAAUUGAAUCAUAUCACUUUAGUACAUUGUUCCAAUGUAUUCAUAAUUAGUCAAUAUUAUUUAAAGUAAUUAAGCUGCCAUAUUAGUUUAUGUAGAAUGUAAAGAUUACCAGAAUGCAUGAAAAAUUAAGUAUUCUUUCACAAUGCCAUGCCCAAAUGCCACCAGAAUUCAAGAAUGGCUCAGAUACAGAGAACUAGUUUGUCUAGUUUUAAGUUUUAAUGUCAUGCACAACUACAGUGAAAUGAUAUUUUGCAAGCUAUAACACCAACCAUGCAGUAAUCAAUAACAAUGUAAUACAAAAAAUAACAAAUAAGAAGAACACGAUAAAGUAAGUAAGCACAAUGCAGGAUAUUGUCGGGAACUGGAACAUGAUGUUGUACAUGUCAAUUUAGAGCAUCCCGAACAUGCUCAAUGUCUGGUGAGUAUGCAGUGUGUCAUGUCUGGUGAGUAUGCAGGCCUUGGAAGAACUGGGACAUUUUCAGCUCCCAGGAAUUGUGUACAGAUCCUUGUGACAUGGGGUGUUGCAUUAUCAUGCUGAAACAUGAUGGCGUGAUGGUGGCAAAUGAAUGGCACAACAAUGGGCCUCUGGAUCUCGGCACGGUAUCUCUGUACAUUCAAAAUGCCAUCGAUAAAAUUCAAUUGUGUUCAUUGUCCGUAGCUUAUGCCUGGUCAAACCAUAACCCCACCGCCACCGUGGAAUACUCUGUUCACAACAUUGAUAUCAGCAAGCUGCUAGCAGACAAGGCAUCAUACACAUGGUCUGCGGUUGUAAAGCCGGUUUGACAUACUACCAAAUUCUCUAAAACAACGUUUCAGGUGGCAUAUGGUAGAGAAAUUGACAUUAAAUUCUCUGGCAACUGCUCUGGUGGACAUUCCUGCACUCAGCAUGCCAAUUGCACACUCCCUCAAAAUUGAGACACUUAUGGCAUUGUGUUGUGUGACAAAACUGCACAUUUUAAAGUGGCCUUUUAUUUCCCUAUGAAAUGAUCGUGCUGUUAAUUCAGCUUCUUGAUAUGCCACACCUGUCAGGUGGAUGGAUUAUCUUGGCAAAGGAUAAAUGCUUACUAACAGGGAUAUAAACAAAUGUGUGCACACAAUUUGAGAGAAAUAAGCUUUUUGAGUGUAUGGAAAGUUUCUGGGAUCUUUGAUUUGAGCUCAUGAAACAUGGGACCAACUAUACACAGGUUCAUUUUGAGUCAAGACCAACAUACAGCUGGCUAAUUUUCAGCAAGUGUGGCAAUUUGUUUAGAAAAACUGCAUGCUGUCUGAUGAUUGUUGACUAGCGCUUGCCUAGUCCCUUUCCCAGAGUGAAAUAUCUGAUCCAAAUAGGCCUAUAUAAACAUGCUUAUUAAUAGGGUACCAGACUAAAGCCCGGUACAGAUACAACAGCCGACAUAAUGAGAGGCAAGAUUAGAAAAACUAGCCCAUUUUAAAAUGUUGUGUUGUAGAACAGCAGACUAAAGAUGGGGCAUUCAGGUAAAAAAUACAAGAGAUGCGGUUAAGACCGUUUCCACAGUAACGUUCCCUCUUUACAAUGACGUAAUAAAAGUUUGAAACAAAAUUGCCAUUUGUUGUAACAAACGAGUAUCAUGAAAUACAUGCACCAGAAACAGGGCCCACUUUGAGACUAGGCUAACUGAUUGCAGCAAAACAGCUGCUUGGCUAAACACAUAACUUCAGCACACUGUUCUCUGAUUGGCUAAAAAGACCCAUCUCAUCUCAAGUCUUUAGCCAAGGUUUGACAUGUUGAAUCUUGGAAAUUCCAGAAGCCAACUUGAGAUGUUCUAAAACUAGACUGCUCAGAUCAAGAAAACAUUGUUUUAAAACAGCAUAAAACCGUCUCGUCUCAGCUGUUGUACCUGUACCGGGAUUAACAAUGGAAAAAGAGGAAACUGUCUUGAUGAGUGAAUGGUCUAAGCCAGGGCUCUCCAACCCUGUUUCUGGAGAGCUACCCUCCUGUAGGUUUUCAAUCCAACCACAGUUGUAACUAACCUGAUUCAGAUUAUCAACCAGUUAGUUAUUAGAACCAGGGUUGGAGCGGAAACCUGCAGAACCGUAGCUCUCCAGGAACAGGGUUGGAGAACCCUGCUCUAAGCUAAGUGACUGCACUCUCACAUACCAAUCUGACUGGUUGGUCUAAACUUUUAAGCAUUGCUUGUUUCUCACAAUGACGUUACUGGCCUAAUGUACGUGGGGAGUUUGAGUUAGAAAGGUGGCAUGUUUUGAUCCAGAUUCAAUUGCACAUGUACUCUCCACACAUUUUCUAAUUGGAAGUGCUUGGGGAAUAGCACUCCUGAUGUGUGUUGUCAUAUUACCAAAAAGUGACGCUUUGAGUGCACAAUAUUAGUAGGAGAUAUUUGAGCUUCUACUUUAAUAACAAUAGCAAACUGGAGAUGUGAAUAAUUGUUGGUGGUCAAUCAAGCAGGUGCAAGUAACACACAUGCCCUUCAACUUAGCAAGUUUUUCACAAAACCAAGGGAAUUCUGAGCCUUCGUAUAACGAUGAUGGAUAGGGAUCUUUAGCAGCCUUAUCUAAUGAUGUGUCACUUGGUUAUUUGUACCUGCAUUCAGUUUGCUUCAACGUUUGCUACGUUGUGUGACGGAUUGUACUGAACGACAUGUUUUCCUUGAAUGGUGUGCACUGUUCUUCAACAGCUUCUGAGGUACUUUUGCACCCGUUUGGUGGGUGUGGCGAGAUGUGGCCUGAUCAAUAUGGGUGUGACCUGGGUCAAAUUACAAUUUUAAAAAAUAUGGAUGUGACCAUUUGACAUCGCAAACCUUGUGCAACGCACCAUACAGUAAUCACCCUCUGGGCCACCAUAAUCUCAACGCUUUUCAACUGGUUGUUUAGUACCGUUUCAGUUGAAUUCAACAUUGCACACCGUUGUCUGUCUAAUAUAGCAUUGUCACUCAUCUGUUCUCUAUUAUUUCUCUUUUCCCUGACCCCUGGUGCUGUGUGCUGUGGUGGCACAACAAGAAUCCCAUUCACUUGCCGUACACUCUAGGUUUCUCCUAAAGCGUGCAGUUGUUUACUACUUCCAACAAAUAUAAAAGCAUUGGAUUGGUGGAGACAUGGGCUAGUGGGAGUUUCCUCCAUAUUUCUUAUACGAGUAAUUUCCUUUCAAAUCAUUGAAGAGAAGUGAACAAGUGCACACAUUGGGAGGAGAGAUAAUUGGGCCAUUGCUCUUGUUCUACCCGUUAUUGAUCCUCCUGUUGGUGUAGGAUCCAUUCAAAGGCCAAUGGAGUCCAGUGAGCUUUCUUGUGGGGGUAAAGGACAAAUGGAGCACAUUCACAACUCUCACACAACGUUACAGUGCCAAAAUUUGCAAAAAGCAUAUAAUUUAAAAAGUCCAACUUAAUAAAGGAGACAAAAGAAACUACCGGUCACUCCGGACAGAAUUAAAUCAUUUUGCAUUACAUUUCAAAGUGCACAACUAGUAUGGCUGGUACGUGGUUGUUGCUUUUUCUGUGGAGUAUCACAAUUCCUGUAUAUGUUCCACUACUUCUAUUCUAUUUGACUACAGCAAAGAUACUUCUCACUUCUUGAUUGUUACAUCCUGUAUACAAUAAAUUAAAGAAAAUGUU